CACUACUCUACCCAUGUAGUACACUACUCUACCCAUGCAGUACACUACUCUACCCAUGUAGUAAACUACUCUACCCAUGUAGUACACUACUCUACCCAUGUAGUUCACUACUCUACCCAUGUAGUUCACUAUCCUACCCAUGUAGUACACUACUCUACCAUAGUAGUACACUACUCUACCGAUGUAGUUCACUAUCCUACCCAUGUAGUUCACUACUCUACCCAUGUAGUACACUACUCUACCCAUGUAGUACACUACUACCAUGCAGUUCACUACUCUACCCAUGUAGUUCACUAUCCUACCCAUGUAGUACACUACUCCCAUGUAGUACACUACUCUACCGAUGUAGUUCACUAUCCUACCCAUGUAGACUACUCUACCCAUGUAGUACACUACUCUACCCAUGUAGUACACUACUCUACCCAUGCAGUUCACUACUCUACCCAUGUAGUACACUACUCUACCCAUGCAGUUCACUACUCUACCCAUGUAGUACACUACUCUACCCAUGUAGUACACUACUCUACCCAUGCAGUUCACUACUCUACCCAUGUAGUACACUACUCUACCCAUGUAGUUCACUACUCUACCCAUGUAGUACACUACUACCAUGUAGUGCACUACUCUACCCAUGUAGUUCACUACUCUACCCAUGUAGUUCACUACUCUACCCAUGUAGUACACUACUCUACCCAUGUAGUGCAC